UACACUUCCCAGUGUAACCUUUUCUAUGAAAGCGAGAGAGGCUAAAAUGUCGACCGGUGGCACAAUACACAAUUAUUAUGUUGAUUCUUUGAUAGGGCAGGAGACAGAGGACUUGUACGCAGCGAGACGUGCACAAGGAGCCCACGGCACAGCUUCAAGGCCAUCAGGUGUAACGGACAGCUCAGAUUUUUCCUCCUGCAGUUUUACCCCCAAGUCAACCGUGUUUUCCACUCCCUGGUCACCCGUCCAUCCACAAUCCUCUGCCGCCGUUACAGGGAUAUACCAUCCUUUCAUGCAUCCGUCGCACCUUGGAGCUGCAGAUUCCAGAUACCCGCGUUCAUGGUUAGAACCUCUCUCCACUUCUGUCUCUUUCCCCGGAUUUCAUCCAACCGGCCGGCAUUACGGAAUCAAGCCAGAAACUCUAGCAGCCAAGAGAACUGAGUGCCCAUCCUAUGAGCUGCAAACUCUCAGCCUUCCCGAAUUCACGUGCACUUCCUACCGAGAGGGCAGGGAGAAGCUUCCCAAGGAGAUUGGGUGCACCAGCUCCGAGACUACGAGCAGCAGUGAACCCAAGGAAGAGAACCCCCGGCAACUUGACCCAAAUCAUCCAGCAAUCAACUGGAUCCACGCUCGCUCUACCAGGAAGAAGCGUUGCCCCUACACUAAAUACCAAACGCUUGAAUUGGAAAAGGAGUUUUUAUUUAAUAUGUAUCUUACCAGAGACCGCCGCUAUGAAGUUGCUAGAAUUUUAAAUCUUACCGAGCGGCAAGUAAAAAUUUGGUUUCAAAACAGAAGAAUGAAAAUGAAAAAGAUGAACAAGGUGAAAAACAACGAAGGGUCUUGAUUUGCCAACUUGUUCCAAGUGAAAGAUCUGAAAACCUCUACAGACUGUGUAAAAACUGUUCUAUCUAUCUGGUGGUGAUUGGUCGAUCGAAGCACGGUCUUUGUUGUACUGUUUCAGAACAAUUCUGUGUUUCAACAACUGCCUUGCAUCGAGUGGCUGUUCCUGAUUUGCUGCUAUGGGUUACAUUGAACUCAAUUUAAACUGAUGUCAGCACGUUAGUUGUAUUACGUUAGAACUUUGACGACAUAAUACUGAUAUACUUGUUUUAUACAGACAAAACACGCACAUUUGAACAUCCCGUUUGGAUGUGCAACGUUUAAAAUGCCGUGUAUCUGCUGUAUUGCUAGAAAAAAAAUGUUUAGAGAUAACUUUUGAGGGAAACGAUACAGUGCCAUUUUAUGCCGUUUUUAUGCCAGUUCGCCGUGGAAUGUAAUGCAAACGUUGUUAAUUUCCGAUGUAAUGAGACCACCACUGUGCUGAUAAAGGCAAUGUAAUAUUUAUUUAUAAUAUUUCAGGUUACCUUAGCAAAAGCUUCACGGUCACCCUGGAAAACGAUCUAGUCCUCGAGUAAUUUAAAAGUGUCAUUGAGCAAGAGACAUUUUGGCUAUCGAACACAAAUAAAUGGAAAUUGUUUAAAUGUUGUUAGUUUCCCAGUGGCUGGGAGACAGGGGCAUCUUUUUUUGUGCGUUUGGGACAAUCUGAAACACGUUUGGUUUUAGCGACAAGAAUCUGACCUGCUUUCAUGUCGUCGAUUUGAACAAUCUAAUAAAGAGCCAGUUUCUCGGGCCACUACAUAAGUCAAAUCCAUUGCAAUGAAUUAACUCUGAGGAUGGAAGAAAAUAUGGUUUUACCGUACAUUCUGAUUUACUCAAAAUCCUCUACGGUAUUUAAUGGCUAGGACAGAUGUGACAAUAAAAAUUAUACUGUCCUGCAAAAGUCGAAAUGCUAUAAAUAAAAGCGGUAUGUUCCACUGA